AUGUACGCUCUUUUCAUUGCUUUAGCUAUUCUUUCUAUCGCCUCUGCCGAUAGAUUUGCCAUCAUUAUUGCUCCUAGAGCCAACUGGCCUGACUAUGGUGUCCAGUCGGAGAGUUGCCGUAUGUACAAGGACCUGAUUGCUGGAGGUAUGAAGGCUGAGAACAUUAUUCUGAUGAGCACGCAUGCUGUGAGUGAUUUACCGAGAAAUCCUUUCCCUGGUGACUUGUACACUGAUGAUUCUCCUGAAGCUCCUGGAAAGGACUACGCUCAUGGAUGUGUCGAGCAUAUUGACUACGAAGAGGACCAGAUGUCCGGGAAGGUUAUGCUUGCUAUCAUGAGAGCUGAUGUGGAGGAGUUGAAAAAGCUCACGGAAAUGGAGAAUCCUCGUGUCCUGAAGACUACUGCUGAGGAUGAUAUUAUGCUCUAUUUCACUUCUCACGGAGGUCCUGGUUCGAUUCUUGUUGGAAGCAGCACUGUCUCUGAGAGAGAUCUGAUAAAGACCCUCGAAUAUAUGCACGAGAACCACAUGUACAAGCGUUUCCUCUUUUUGAUGGAGGCUUGCUAUUCUGGAUCCAUGUUCGUGAAUCUUGAUAAGUCGUUGAAUGUGUACGCUCUGACUGCUGCUGAUCCUGAUCACUCUUCUUAUGAAUCUCAUUGUCCUCCUAAUGAUGUUGUGAAUAAGAAGGCUCUCGGUACUUGCUUGUCUUGCUACUGGGAUAAUGCUAUGGAGUGGUUCAUUGAGGGUGGAACUGAACACACUCUGGAUGAGCUUCAUGAUCAUAUUCACGCGAAGGUUGCUGAGUCUAGUAGCCAGAAUGCUAGUAAGUGGGGUGAUCUUGAGCUUGGAAAGCUGCCUCUGAGCACUUUCAUGGGUAACAUUCCUGCUAACCGCUUGAAUGCUCGUAAGGCUGAUGAUUCUGAGAAGAUUGCGAAGGCUGAUGUGCCUGCUCACCUGGCUAAGUGGAACGCGAUUCGUGCUAGUGGCAAGGACAAGGAAACUGCCAUGAAGGCUUACGAAACGAUUCUGAUGGCUGAGGCUAAGAAGGAAGUGGAAGUGAUGAGACUGGGCCGUUUGCUGAUGAACGAGAAGGCUGCUAACCAAGCUUUGACUUCUGCUGCUGAGAGUUACUCUGCUUCUUGUGUUGCUGAAUUGGCUAACACUCUGGUUAGCAAGUGUGGACACAGCUAUCCUAUGAAUGAUAAGACCAUGAAUAUGCUGAAGAACAUUUGCUUGCCUGGUGUUUCUGUGCCUAAUGUGGACUUUACUCAGGUUUGUAUGUAAGGCAUCUACUAUUAUUACAA